AACGGUGAGAGCAACAUCGCAAAAAGGGGAGCGAAAAGUGCAUUCAGUUCGAAAGAGCAGCAAAAUAUCAGUGCAGAAAAGGCCACCAUCAGUAUGGCUGAUCGUGUUACGAGACAAAAUGUGCCCGUAAAACCGUGAAAAUGUACUCCAAAAACGUGAAUUUUAGUGCUUACGAACGACCGCGUACGGGAACUGUGCAAUUGUGACUGGAUGGCACCGGGAAAGCUUCGAUUCGGUGCGUGAAAUACGGCGAAGAAUAAUCGAUUUUGGUACCUACCAUCGUUUUCCACCCCAACAACAAAAGAGAGAGUUUGGCUGGCUGAUCCGUUCGUUCCGUUCCAAUCCGCAGGGGGAGCUGUCAUACAGAAAUUUUACUUUACGUGAAAAAUAAAUUCUAGUUUUUAACAACUGAAGAACAGCCGAAAGAGCUGGGAAGUGUUAUUGACGAGUGCAAGUGCAGCCGAAGCGCAUUGGAUUAGUAGCUGGGAAGCAGCCAAUCGAUUCCGGAACCGUUGGCCACUGGUCUUGGAUCGGCCCACACUCCUCGGCACCAAUCAAGGCGCGGAUCGACCGUGACAUUUUUGUUUGCCAGAGGGAGUCUGCUCUGUUUAUACACUGUCAGAGGAGGAAAUUCUCCCCCCGUUCUCGAGAAAUGAAGGUCUAAGUUACCUUCACCAGUUCCGCACGGAACCUAAACAGCAGUGAGAGAGCAGCAGUGUUCGAUGCAGCGCCUACAACCGAUUGACUGCACACCCCGGAGAUCGACAGGCAAGCAAGAGAGAUACACAGAACAGACCCAGAAUGGUGUUAUCAUAUUGUAGAUAUUUUGAAAACAUCUAAACCGCGACCGAGUGUACUAUACUCUCGUGUAUCAUCAUAAUAAAACCAACCGUGAGGUUCGGAGAGGUCAAUCAUUCAGCAAUUCUUGUACUACAUCUGUUGCCAAAAUGAGCCAAAGCAAUAGACCGGCAGUCGCCACAACUGUUGGUGUAUCCUCUAGUAGUGCUACGUCAACGGUUGCAGUGACAACGGCAACGGUGGGGUCAACGAUUGUAACGUCCAAGCAAAGCACUGGGGGUGGUGGUGAUGAUGGUAGUAAAGCUUCCUCAAAGGUUCAAAAGUGUGCUGAAAUUGAUACUCUCGCGGGCAAGGAACGAUCGAAACCAUCAUCGACCGUACGAUCGUUGAACUUCGAUGAUCCUGAGCUGGGUAAGAAGGUCGCUCCUGGCAAUGUUGAAAAGAAAGAUGAUUCCAAGGUGAAAAAAGAAGAUGUAAAACCUCCAGCUAUUGCCCCAAAGGAAAUGGACAUCAAAACUAAAAACAUUCCAAACAUUUCGACCAAACCGUCCACAGUGAAAAAGGAGGAUAUCAAAACACAAGCACCGGCAGCUACAACUACGGUAUCAUCGAUAUCCGCCAAGCCUAUAUCUAGUCCGGCAGUUGUCUCCGCAUCCAAGCCGCCGCAUAGCAGUAGUCCAAAGCAAAUACAAGAAGCGGAGCUCAAACCAUCGGGUAGCCCAUCAAAAGGAAGCCUGAAAAAGAUGCACCAGCAGGCGGCUAUAAAACCCGACGAAACUCCUAAACCAGCACUUUUGAAGUCAUCCUCUGUUCCAACUACGGCGUCUGCUCAACCUGCAGCUAGUAUGAAGCCUUCGCCAGUACCCCCUCUCGCAGCUCAACCGAAUAAUCAGCUACCAACUCCCGUAAUCACCACAGCAGCACCGUCGCCAACUGUUACUACGGCUCCCGUAGUUUUACGCCCAUCAUCCGGAACUAAUUUGCAAAAGUCGACUUCUUAUCGCAAAUCAUCAUACAAACCACAGCACUCCCAUUCGCUACGAUACUCGGGCAGUGGCAGCGAUAUCUCCAACCUAGUGCGAGUUCGAAACUCGACUCUUGGAAAUUCGGCUCCUACUCUGUCGAUAACCUCCAAGGAAGGUGGAUUCAGUCAACGGCGUUCGACUUCUUCAUCAGCCGCGCGCAGUGGAGCAGUGGCCCGCCAUCGCUUGAGCUUCGUAGCCAACAUUUCCCCUCGAUCUCAUUCGCCCAUUCCUGCUAGUCCUAUCGACAGCCCACGGAUCAACUCACCGAGCAUGAUCCAUUUCCCGUUUGUUCCGAUCAAAAGAAUCACCAACAAAAACAGCGAUAGCCGACGAUGGUCUGUAGCUUCGCUGCCUAGUUCUGGAUACGUAACAACGCCCGGGAGUUCAAACAUCUCUUCGCAAUGCUCGAGUCAGGAACGACUUCAUCAGUUUCCUCCGGUUCCAACGAACGACGAUCUGCAAAUGUUGUCGUUACACUUUUCCAGCAACGAUAGCAAUCCCAGCAUGGAAGGACGCAAUCUACAUCACCAUCACGGGUUCCACCAUCUUCAUCACCAUCAUCUACAUCAGCACAGUGGAACCGGAUUCAAUCCGCCCGUAUCUCCUCUUGCCCCGCAGUACCAACAUUCGACUCAACAACCGCUCAGUUUGCAAUCUCAUGCAACGCACUGCAACAGUCCUCACUCUGUCAAAUCAUCCGGCAGCUGCAAGGACGAACUAAACAAUUUCUGCGGUUGCCGUUCUCCAAUCCAUCGUCCUCGAUCCCGCAGCCUCAGCAGCCCUUCGCACUCUCCCAUAACGGAUAACGAGAUUUCUCUGAUGAACACCUUCUACAAGGAACGCUUCCCCAAGGCCACACAGCAAAUGGAAGAACGCCUGUCGCACUUUAUCAACGAGAACAAAAACAUCAUCAACGAUAGCGCCAGAAUUUCCCAACCGAUCGUACGCUUCGUUCACCACCAAGUUCUGGAAAUGGCACGGGACUGUCUACAUAAAUCCCAUGCCAAACUAAUCACUUCCCGUUACUUCUACGAAAUGAGUGAAAACCUGGAACGGCUCCUGCUGGAAACAAAAGAAAAAUCCCCGGAAGCUGCGCCGGAAAUAACCGCCGUAAUCAAGAAGCUGCUACUCAUCAUCUCUCGUCCGGCACGCCUCCUAGAGUGCUUAGAAUUCGACCCGGAAGAGUUCUACCGCCUCCUGGAAGUAGCCGAAGGUCAAGCAAAAGUCACGCAAGGUAUCAAAGCCGACAUCCCCCAAUAUAUCAUCCAGAAGCUAGGUCUCAACCGGGACCCGAUUGCGGAACUGCAAGAAGAGCUUAUCGAACAGGCAUCACUGAACUCGUCCAUCAACACCAACUGUGAUUCAUCGGAUAACAACAACUCGUUUUCGCCGAAUCAAUCGUUCAGCGGAAGGGGUGAUCUGAGCCUUAGUGGUUCCAUGACAUGUUCCACUCCCAAAGGAUCGGGUUCGUUGAACAACAGUAUCAACACGCUGAACAAUAAUCAGAUUGGAAUCAACAAUAACAGUACGGGUACAACGCCAGGAGCUAACAAGGGCUUCAAAGGGCGAACAGCGAAUGCCGUGCCUAGUGAAAAAGACUACGAUAUGCUCAAACUGAUUUCAAACGGAGCCUACGGAGCGGUCUAUCUGGUUAAACAUAAACAAACCCGACAGAGAUUUGCCAUGAAGAAAAUCAACAAAAACAGCUUGAUGUUGCGCAACCAGGUGGAGCAGGUGUUUGCCGAGCGAGAUAUUCUGAGUUUUGCGGACAACCCGUUCGUGGUCAGCAUGUAUUGUUCGUUUGAAACCAAAAAGCACCUCUGUUUGGUGAUGGAAUACGUGGAGGGCGGCGACUGUGCCACACUGCUGAAGAGCCUUGGCCCGCUGCCGUGUGAUAUGGCACGAUUCUAUUUUGCUGAAACGGUGUUGGCGGUGGAAUACCUACACAGCUAUGGAAUUGUGCACCGUGAUUUGAAGCCGGACAACUUGCUGAUUACGGCGUUGGGCCAUAUCAAGCUAACGGAUUUCGGUCUCUCCAAAAUGGGUUUGAUGUCGUUGGCCACCAAUUUGUACGAGGGAUACCUGGACAGUGAGACGAGACAAUUUUCGGAUAAACAGGUUUUUGGAACUCCGGAGUAUAUUGCGCCGGAAGUGAUUUUGAGACAGGGAUACGGGAAACCCGUGGACUGGUGGUCUAUGGGAAUAAUUCUGUAUGAAUUUUUGAUUGGCUGUGUACCUUUCUUCGGAGAAACUCCGGAGGAACUUUUCGCCCAUACGGUGAACGAUGAUAUCGAAUGGCCCGAUAAUGAUGAUUGGCCGAUACAGGAUGAAGCUAAAGAUUUGAUAACGGUGCUGCUUCAACAGAAUCCCAGAGAUCGAUUGGGAACAGGUGGUGCGCACGAAGUAAAAGAGCAUUACUAUUUUAUUGGUUUGGAUUGGAACAACCUGCUUCGACAGAAAGCCGAAUUCGUUCCUCAGUUAGAUAACGAAGAGGAUACCAGCUAUUUCGAUACAAGGGUUGAUCGAUAUAACCAUGAAAUUUGCGGUGACGAUACUGACGACAUGGAAGAUUCACCUUUGUUCGGAUCGUUCAGCUCGUAUUCACCGCAGUACAGAAAACAACAGGCAGCUACAACCAAUCCAGUACCCACAGUUCCGCAGCAAGAACAACUAGCUUCUCCUCUUCCUGGUUCUAAUCUUCCAUCAUCGCUUGCUAAAGAAAAGCAACAGCUUCCAUCACUGUUCGAGGAUAGUUUCGAUGUGAAUCACCCUAAGCCAAACGACAUCAGCAAGCUCAUCAUUACACCGGAACUGCGAAAGUUCAACAUCAACCCAUCGAAAUACAAGAUGCCAUCGACGCCAGACUUGGAAUACCUUCCGGAACUGGCCACACCAGAUCGUGAAGAUUUCAUCAGCCAUCUGAACCUACGACCGCAUGUUCAACAGCCGGUACCAACUACUCCGGAAACACCGGAAACGAACAAACGCUUCAGUGAUUUCUAUCCACUUUCCUCCCUCAAACAGCUGUCAACGCCGGAAUCGUCGCAAACGGACAGCGACGACGUGUCACCGCAAAUUCAACGGAAGCGAAAGAUCGUCCACAGUCGAGGCAUACUGCCGAAGUUCUCGAUAUCCAUUGAAGACGAUCAAAGCGGCCACGAAACGUCAUCUUCAACGCCUUCGCAGGUGAUUACUUCGUCACCAUCGAGUUCGUUGAACAACUUGAAUCAAUCGCGCCAUAUCGUGAAGAGUGCUUCAGCAUUGGGACUCUCGUUGAUGACAUCCUCAGAUGAUUCAUCCACCGCAAUAGCAACAAUGGGCAGCGGCAGUGGCGGAGGUCUCCACAACGUUCCAACGACCGCUUCGAAUCUUUCGUCUUCUUCCGGCUGCAGUACCGGCAUAACCUCCACGAUGCAUUCCGCCGGUAACUGCUCGAGCACGGCCAGCUCACGUGAUACUUCUCCCUGUCGGGAACUCAGCCCUCUAGUCACUAAUCUUAAGCCACCGUUGAUCAUCCGAAGGGGACCGAGAGGUUUCGGCUUCACCGUUCACACCAUUCGGGUUUACUACGGAGAUACGGAUUUCUACACGAUGCAUCAUUUGGUGAUGGCAGUGGACGAAGGAAGCCCUGCGUUCGAGGCCGGAUUAAGACCGGCGGAUCUGAUCACGCAUGUAAACGGGGAGGCGGUACAAGGCCUUUAUCAUACACAGGUGCUACAAUUAUUACUCAGUGGAGCCGAAUUGGUUAGCUUGCGAGCUACUCCUUUGGAACAUACCAGUAUUCAAAGCGGUGGCAGAAAGCGGGAACCUUGGCAGAGUAAAUUUGCCAAGAAGAGUACCCAUAGCCGACGGAAGCAGAAGAAGGACAACGAAAAGAAACGUAAGACAUCGCUGUUCAGAAGAAUCAGCAGCAAACGGGCCAGUGCAGAGAUGCAACAGAUGGUAGCUGGAAUACAAUCGCCAACAUCAGUUCCGCCCAGUAGAAGCUUCCAGUCGUUUACUCGUUUCCAAGGAAGUCAACCCAACCUAGUUGCUGCAGCAAGUCCAAUUCCUUCUGCGAUCCAGCCGGUACCUUCGACAUCCCUGACGGCAUCACCGGUUAACCGACUGAGUCUUUCGCCCUUGAAUCCUGGCAAUACUUUCCAGCCAUCCCCGUCGUCAUCGCCAAGUACUUCCGCACCAAGCACUCCAACGGGAACGAUAACUUACAACGAUGGAGCUCCGCUUUAUCAGCGGCCAUCCACACUGCAUGUUCUGAAACACAAGCUCCAUUCGUCGCCUUGUCCCACCACGAAAGGCCUUCAUACUACGCCGGCCACGGGACGUCCAAAUCGACGGAAGUCAGCCGAUCAUAUGCCACUGUCUCCGCUCGCCAGAACUCCUAGUCCAUCGCCGCUUCCGGCCUCGCCAACGAGGUCGUCUAGCCCGCUAGCGUUUCCGGUUGUGCAUCCUUUGGGAUCGUCCAAUACUACACAAUCUUACAGUCCCGGCGGUCUACCAAAUGCAUCCACUGUGGCACCACAACCGGUUCCGGGAAUUGUCACCAUAAGCGGUUCCCCUACGCCGCCCACGAAGAAAGGCUUCCCACGGGCCAAAACAGCAGAACCCAGUUCUCCGUUGCUCCGAAGGGCUCUUUCUCCGGAUCGACUUCAUCCCCGAAGUGCCGAAAGCAAGUGCGUUCUUUCGCCCCUAUGUUGCAAUACUCCUCUGAAAACCCCCCGCCAGGUAACCGGAAUUUGGCGCUCCAACCAGAACUCCACCAUCACAACGGCCACGCCACCGUCAUCGAACGUUGUGCCGGUUACGGCUGUUCCCAUCGCAGCAGCAUCUUCUUCUUCUUCAGCCCCAGCGCAAUCGCAGCAAACUGUAACUUCGGCAGCACCGACAGCUUCUUCCAACACUGCCACCAACACGGUGGUGGCAUGCAAGGUUGCCAGCACUUCAGCGCCAUCUACGACAACGACAGCAUCCCUGCCGAUUGCGUCAACGGCGUCUUCCGGUGGAACCAGUCCAGCAAAGUCCCAAGAACAGCAACAAUCACAAACCAAACAGCUAACCAAAAUGGUUGAGAAAAUGAGUGUAAGAGAGGACACGCCCUAAAAUAAAUUCGCUUGCUAAUGAUAGAAGCUUGCUUGCUAAUACAGAAAAAAAAUAUCCGUACGCUCCCUUAAUAAUGGUUAUGAUUAUUAUACUUUGUUCUCACAAUUGUUAGUACUUUAUUUCGUUAAUUGAGAGUAUUUGCGAUGAACGCAAGGAAAACUUGUUUAUUUAUUUUACGAAACCCCUAGCAUGUAAGACCAGGAUUGCACAGGUAGGCCAUGAACUUUGGCAGUUAAAAUAGGAAGUAAACGAACCGAAUUAGGAAGUUUAGCUAGCGAAUACUGAAUGUGUCGUAGUAGGCCGUUCCACCCACCGCCAGCACCAGCCGCCGCUGCAUUGAAAUUUGAACGAAACGUAGGGCGUAGACUACUGUGAUGAGUGUUGUUGCGGUUAGCGCGUAGGAAUCGCACGGUUAGAUGACUAGCAACGCAACGGAACAGCUGCAAAUGUAUAGUGAAGCACACAAUUUUAAACCGUAUAUGGUAGUACUUGAAGUUUCAUUGUCUGUUUACUUUUUUUUAUUUUUGGUGAAUCGAUUAACAAUCAACCAAUUUUGUUUUGAUUUCGAUCGUUUAAAUAAAACAAACUGUUAUGCAAACCAGAAGAUGGAAAAUAAUAACUCUGUAUGGAUUUAAAUUUGUGUGAUAUUUUGAAUUUAACUUUAUGUAAUAUGUGGAUAAUGCAUCUGCAGAUUAUACAUACAAAGACGUAGAAAAUAGGAGGAAAAUAAAGGGAAGCAUGCUUGAUAAAUCCAAACCAGCACUGAAAUCUAAAAAUGCAGUUUGUGUUUGCUUAGAAUUGGUCAAUGGGUAAAACUGAAUUCACAAUAAACAUCGGUGAAUCGACAUUGAAAAAAAAAACAAUAUCUAUUCAUUUCUUUGUUCUUACUAGUCUGGAAUAAAAAAGUCUUUGAUAUUCACAUCAACCUCGCUAAAAUUUAAAACACAACAAUUGUUUGGGGAAACGUUCGCAAUUGGAAUCUGAGCCGUUUCACCUUAGACGUUUACGAAUAGGUUUCACUCAAACGACUAAUUGGUUUUCUUGUAAAUUUGUUUUUGUUGUAUGCAAAUUUAUCAUCAUGAAAAUCGUAGCUCUGAAUUGGUUUAAAUACGAAAAAAUUGAGUGGCUUAUUGCAUUAUCAAGGAAUGUACGAAACGGUCAUGGCAAAUAUUGCUCUUUACAAUUGGAAGUUUAUGCAUCAAAACCCAAAAUAGAUAAUCUACCGGAUCUCGGUUACAUAAUAGAAUACUUAACUCCAACUUGUCUGAUGUUAUUUGAAAAUUUAUUAGAGCGUUUUUGAAAUUAUCCAGAUAGAGUUUGAAUUUGAAAUGUUCACCAAAAUUGCUAACUUACAGCCUAGAAACUCCGUUUUUUAUAUGCUUCUUCGUAGAUUUGUUGGUUUUUCUUCAAUCAAUGUUUUCAUGCAAUGUUUCAAAAUGUAUUCAACCUCCACAGGCAGUUUACCCCGCAACUUAUUGCUGCCAGACAUCAAACCACGUAACCUCUUGAUUUCUAACUCCGUGGUUUGAAGCACUAUGCAUAAAACAGGAUAUGCUCGACACAUUCGAGACAAAACUGUUCCUGCUUUAUAUUCACCCUUUCUUCCAUUGUCAGACGUUAAACACUCCUCAGCCAAAACAACAAACAACACUACACAGCAAUAAUAAAUCUAUACAAGUUUAAAAUCAAGAAAAAUAGAACUCUUCUUCCUCACCUAGAGGAAAACCGAGAAGCGGUUUGAACCCCUUUCCACAGUAUUCACAUAUAAAGUCACAACGUAUAACGUAGAGAUACAAACAAGUAGAAAUACCUAUCUGCAGAAAUUUCCCCAAACGCCUGCUACACACAACAGAAAGAUACUGAGCAAAAGCGUGAAGAGCGUGUAGGUUAGAAACAUUCAUCAUUCGUAGAGCGUAGAUUGAAAAGCAGGCGAAUUAUGCAAAUUUUAGGGAAGCAUAAAUUUAGUAAUCAUCGUUAUUGCUCCUCCGAAAACUGUAACACAGCUCACAGGUUAAUAAAGCAAGGAUAUUGCUCCAAUUGGUACACACAUACACAGGCCAUACCGGUUGGAACGAAGAACGAAUCGUGAUUGUUGCUGACUUUGGGAUAUAAAUACUAAUUACAUUUGGAAUGCGUACCGAAAAAUAAAUUAACUGAAUUGUAAUCAAAGUCAUACUCGGCGUCGAUACCACAACAGAGCCAUUCUCCUCCGUCGCCGAUAUACGAAAAACUGUAUUCUACUCUUUAAGCUGGCUAGGGCGUAAAAUCCACUGAAAUUUAUCAUUUAAAUAGCCUUUAGGAGUGCAUAACUCUUCAUCAUCGCACUUAGGUUCUAUGCAAGCAAGCGUAUAUCUCCCCUGUUUUUCAUUUUAGAGUUAUGCGAAAAUAAUUAUUAAAUGACUCAUUCUCGUGUUUACUUUUUUACCGUCUCUCAUUGAGCGACAAUUGGUGAUUUAUUAAUGUUUUUGUCACGUGUUCAUCAAAUGCAAUUCUAUUCAUGGCAGAAGUUAACCGAUGGAAAACAAAACGAAAGAUUUAAACGAAUGAGCAUUGAGAAGAAAGUUAUUGCUAGGCGAGUAUGCAACAGCACUGUGGGCAUAGGUAUUAAGACAAAAUGAGAUUACGAUUGAAAAUCGAAUCACAGAAAGUAAUGAUAAUUGGCUGAUGCCAUGCGUACAUCCCUCGGAUAAGAAAACCAGAAUAAUAGUUGUGUAAUGUGAACGGAAAGAGAAAAUAGUUCAUUUAGUCAAACGAAAAGGUUGGGACAAGAGAGAAAGCAUAUAGAUAGCGAAGACAGAAAGUUGUAGGGGAAGAUGAAUAAUGGCGAAAGUUGAGGAAGAAGCUUACUAAGAGAGACAAUUACCAUAAACAAAACACACUUAUCAAUGUUGCUGCAGUGUAAUUGAUACAUAGUGAUGAAAUGUUAAUAAACCAGAAACUGAAAUCGUACCCCGUUCGAAAUGAACUAUGAAAAUGGA